CGCAGGCAUGGGCAACGUCGUCUCGGGCGUGCAGAUCCGUCGCCGGCUGGUGCCUACGGUGGAGGAGCGGCUCACGCGCCCGCGCCGCCUCGUCCGGGAGCUGCCCGACCUUGACGCCGGCCGCCUGCAUCGCCUCAUCCGCAGUGGCGACCUCGCGCCGUGCUUCGACGCGGCCGAUGACGCCGGCGACGGGCGAGCGGAGGAGUGCCCCAUUUGCUUCUACUUCUAUCCGAGUCUGAAUAGAUCCAAGUGUUGCGGCAAAGGGAUCUGCACCGAAUGCUUCUUACAGCUGAUGCCAUCCAAGACUUCUAAAGCUGUCCACUGUCCUUUCUGCAAAACCAAGUCUUACGCGAUUGAAUACCGAGGUGCUCAAACAACAAGUGAGAAGAAAAUUAAACAAGAGGGAGAACAAAACGUCAAUGAGAGCAAAUUGAGAGUACAUUCAAAGUUUCAGAUUGCCGGCAAAAUUAUUCUACCUUAGAAUUAGCAGAAAAAGAGUCUGAUUCAGCUUGAGUGGCUCAGCAUUGCAGUCCAAUGUAUACUGAAGCAAAAAUAUUCUGCUAGUGGCUGUAAAAGAAUGAGGAGUUGGUGUAGAAUUGUACGUUGAUUCUGUAGGCGGCUCUGAAGACAAAAAUUAAGCUCCAAGUGUUUUGUCCUUGAUUACAUUAGUGGUGAUCAAGACCUCCACGUCAGCAUCCAAUGACACGACAGCAAUUACUUGGAUUCCGUGGGGUGCACUUGGACACUUCAAAAUCAUUGUAUUAUUUUUUUGCCUUUAACAACUUAAUUGCUUUUCUUUUAUUUUUAUUAAAAAAUUGUCAGUG